UUAGCCCUCUGAGCUCAGGCGCACUGCCCCGGAGGCCCACUCCAAGGGUUACUCUGCUGGCCUCGGUGGCCCGGGCGCUGGGAGUCCUCAGAGCUAGGCGCCGGGUUCUGCAGCCGCGCGGGCUUCGCUUCCCACCGCCAGAGUCGCGAGAGAAAGGGAGACUGCCGAGGGACUGCGAGUCCAGGCUUAGAUUUUCCUACACUCCGUCCUGCCAUCCCAGUCGCCAGGUGGGGCCAACCGACUCUGGCUGGCGGGACGGAGCAGGACCACUGCUUAGAGUAGGAGAACAGAUCUCUAGAGAGGCUGUAGGGAGAGAGUUGGGGACCGAGAUCAGUGGCGCUAGGGUCAAAGGGGACAGUGGGGAUUGCCCUGCAGGGGCAGGCAGUUCACAGGCGCGACCCAGGGCCAGAGAAAGCACCAGCUCCUCUCGCGACUUCCCCCUUAUCCCUCUCACCCACCCACCCCAACCCCAGCAUCUCACCAUUCACAAGGUCCCAGCACCCAUUCACGCACUAUGGACACCCCCGCCUCCGACGCCCCCGCAAGCUAAGGCCAGGGGCUAAGAGAAAGGGUCUUGCAGGAACCCCUAAAGCUCGCUCCCGCCGCACCCACUAUUUCGAUACGUUUAGAAGAGAGAAGCCAAGAUCUGGGCUCCGCUCGCCCGCAUUGGGACUAGGGAGUACCCCCCAGCCUCCCAGCGCUGCACGCCGCCGCCAGAAGGAGGCGAGCCGGGGGAUUGCCCUGCCCUAGGAAAGCGAGCGCGGGGGCGGAGAGGAGUCAGAGAAGAGAAAGGAGGAGGAAGAGAGAGAGCUCCGGAGCUUAGACCCAGAAACGCAGGAAAGGGCGGGAGGCAGAGAGCCAGCGCGGGCGGAGUAGGAACCACUCUUACUAGUGUAAGAAAACUAAGGCACACUCUGGACGCAUGCGCACCGCCAACGGAGGCCCGAGGGCCAGAGCUUCCCCUUCGGCUAGCCCAGAAGACCCUGGCCAGCCUGUGGGAUCCGAGCAGACAGAAAUGCGGAUGCGGCAGAUGUGCGGGGAAAGUGAGACCCAGGACUCUGUCCCAAGCCAGCAGGGCACGGGUGGCCGGGGCUCCAAUGCCUGCUGCUUUUGCUGGUGCUGCUGCUGCAGCUGUUCUUGCCUCACUGUCAGAAACCAAGAAGACCAGAGACCCCAAAGAGCUUCCCACGAACUCAGAACAGAUAUUCCAGCAUGUGAAGAAAGCCCCACGCCCACUCUGGAAGAAGUCUGUGCCUGGGCCCAGUCUUUUGAUAACCUGAUGGUCACUCCGGCUGGAAGAAAUGCAUUCCGGGAAUUUCUUCGAACAGAAUUCAGUGAAGAAAACAUGCUUUUCUGGAUGGCCUGUGAAGAACUGAAAAAGGAAGCUAAUAAAAGCACGAUUGAGGAGAAAGCAAGGAUAAUAUAUGAAGACUACAUUUCUAUUCUCUCUCCUAAAGAGGUCAGCUUGGACUCCCGAGUACGAGAGGUUAUCAACAGAAACAUGGUGGAUCCAUCCCAGCACAUAUUCGAUGAUGCUCAGCUGCAGAUCUACACUCUAAUGCACAGAGACUCCUAUCCCCGCUUCAUGAACUCCACAGUCUAUAAGGAUUUGCUUAAGUCCUUAGCUGAGAAAGCAGUUGAAUCAUAGGUGGUCUCAAAUAUAUUUAUUAUUAACAAAACAAGAAAAUAACUCAUGGACUACAUCUAGCACAGGGAAUUUAGAGAUAUGAUGUCUUGUGCUACAGUGAUUCUUGGACGGUUGUAAUAACAGAUUCUUUCUCCACAGAAAGCUAUAGAUUCACAACAGAAACUACAGCCACCUUUAGUGAUACUUCUCAGAAAAAAGGGGGUGGGGGUAUGACUGCCUUAGAAAGAUAGUGUGCUCACAUUCAUAUAACUAGCAUGUUCUCAAGGGCAGGGCAUGCAUUAGCCUCUGUUCUGCCUGCAGCAUAGAUGUGCAAAGAGCAAAUGGGAACACUUUGUUUUGCAUGAGCUCAAUACUCUAUUACCCUCCAAAGAAACAGCAUUCAAAUGCUUUUCAGCUAACCCUUCCUUCAGUCUGAACACUUCACUUGACACCAUGCCAGGACUGAGAGUCCUAUUUCACAAAGAUGUGAUUAUUCCGUAUAAAAGUGGAAAUUCUCUCUCUUUCUUUCUCUCUC